AUGCUGGGCAGCUCCAGCUUAACGAGCAUCUCAUCACCGAUCGGCGUGCCGAACACGACUGCUGGCGCUUGCAGCGGAGCCGCGGGUGGGGCUGGCGUCGCGUCUGGCAGUGGCGCGGCCGGGGCCGGUGGGUCGUGCUUCCUCAUGCACCCCUCUGGUGGCUGGAUAUGCCGCGCGAUGGCGUUUAACGAGAAAGAGGUGAGCCACGCGAAUGGUGCCAUCAGCGUCAACCAGUCCCUCACGUCCAAGUGCGCGCUCAUCAACGAGGUCGCCAAGGGCAAGAUCAUGGCACGGAUCCUGAGCUCGUACGAGUAUGUGCAGGAGCGCUACGGACUGUCACACGUGGAGGUGACCGUGGACAACCAGUACCUUGGCCGCUCCGACAUGUUUCUCAUAUCGGAAGCGCUGCGAGAGCGUAUCCUGUACGAGGGCGAGGAGAUGCACCUCUGCGGUUUCCGCAUUCGCGUGCGCGAGAUGCUGCAGGCGGUGGUGAGCGCGCCGAACACGGCGCCAAGCAGCGCCGCCACCUCCCUUGCGCCUCCCGCGUUCUCCGCCUCCUUGCCGGGCGUGAGUGCGUCAUCGGCAACCACGACACCUGCUGGCGUAGCCUCUUCCGGUGGCACUACCGGCACUGCAGCUUCUGGCAUUGGCGCUCCGGGGAUCGCUGCAGCAUCAGCGGCGGGCGCCAUCGCGCACAUCCGCGUCGGCAACGGCAUUGUACUGCCCACCACCCGUAUCAACUUCCAGUCCCUGUCGCCGGUUCACUACGUCCUCCUCGAGCUGUCGCGUGAGAUGUGGGAGACGACGAUGGACGGCCGCAUAGCACUCACCUUGGCCAUCCGAAAGUUCCUCAGUGAGCUGCUGCUGAAGCAGCUGCCGAAGCACAAGGCCUCCCCGCUAAUCUGCGUUGUCUUCACAGGACGACUGCGCAAGGAGUUCCAGUUUAGCCGACACAGCGACGUCUUUCACCUGCUGGAGUUGCCGCGAGAUCUGCGCAGCAACGUCGACAUCGUGGAAGAGAUCCGCAUGCACUGCGAGGCGCUUGUGGAUCGUGUGCUGCGGGAGGUGCAGGACUCCGCUUGGCGGCAGCUAGAGGCUGAGGUACGGGCGUACCGGGAGGCCGCCGCGGCGUCCCACUCGCGCGCUGGCGGGGCCAAGGGUGCGGGGUGCAGGCUAGCAAACGACGGCGAUGACCUGGACACCGACCCGCACUUGCUUCGAGAGAGGGAGGGGAGCAUUGCCGCUGCUACGACCAGCGCCACCAGCCAGUUUCCGCCGGCGAGCGAGACUCUGAAGCGGGGCCGCGCCAGUGCAGCCUUUUCCGCCGCCACUGCUGCCGCUGACGCCACCUUUGACGCCUACGUGCGAUCGCGCCAGCAGUACAUCGAGAGCAUCACGGCGAAGCGCCUGUUUGUGCACGCGAAGCAGUCGAACACGCUCGAGGCACUCAGCAUCCUACUGGAGCGGUGCACUCAUGACUACAUUGACCGUAACCUCACGCUCUGCGGGCAUGCCGUGACCGUGGUGUCGGCCGGAAAGGGUUUCUACCAAGUCACGAACAAUCUGGUGCAGGUUGUGUGCGCUCGGCUGCACGACACAGGGCUGGAGAAGGUUCACGUCGUCUGCGUCGGCCGCCCUCCGCUGCACGUGACGCCGCUGCUCGAGUACACGUCCGACGACGACACGCUGCGGUCGCAGUACCAUCUGCACGGCUGUGCGCUGUCGGGUGCCAGCGUCGGCGCGCGGGGCAUGGGUGGUGGUGGCGCGCCGACGCCAUCAUUACGCUCAGGGGAGGCGGAGCGCUACUACGAGACGCCGGAGUGGAUGUUCGUCUUCUUCUUCCACGCUUCUCUUCAAUACAAAAGCGGCGGCGAGGCGGUCUUCGAGCUGCUGCCGAAGGAGUGCUGGCUGCGGGAGCACUCGGUGAUGGCGGCGCUCAAGACGCUGUGGCCGACGCCGCCAGAAUCGCAGCAACAAGUGCGGCAGCAGCAGUCCCGGGUGUACUCGGCGUCAACGCUAUUGUCUGGUGGUGGGGAGGGUGGCAGUGCCUCCGCCAGGGCGGUGGCGACGAGCGGCAUGAACAGGAGGGGCGGGGUCACUGCGGCGGCGGCGAUGAUGGGCUCGUGUGGAAGCCCCGGUGUCGCCGCUGGAGAGCUGUCCCUUCCGGGCGGAAAUCCACCUCUGCUCAUUCCCGGGCUGGGGCUGCGCUCUUACCCCGUGCCCGAGGUGACGCUCCCGGUGCAUCCUCACUCUUCCCAUCUACUGGUGUACGCCGAUGGCUGGGGCGCCGGCACACCGGAGUCACAGCACGUUGUCCUACCUGCUGGGGUGGCAGCUGGCCUUACCGUCGCUGCAGGCGGCAUUGGGGGUGGGCCUUCUCAGCCUCCUGUCCCCUUGCACUUGCCGCCUUUUAUCGCCGAACCUUUCAGCGCCUCGUGGACCGGCAGCAUGGUUGCCGAGCAUGCUCCGUCACCGACGUCGCCGAGCCAGCCGGCCACUGCUGCUCCGGCGCCGACGUUGUCCAAGGGCAGCAGCCCUCUGUUGGUGCGCACCACGACCACCAGCAGCAGCUUCUUCGCCUCCCCGACGGCCCCGUCGCAGGGGUCCAUGCCACGCUGGAUGACGGGGAGCGGCACACUGGCGGCGCAAGUCAUGGCUUGGCAACAGGCGCAGCUGCAGCAGGGACUGCAGCCGACGCUCUCCUCCUACGCACUCCCACACAGCUCAGCUGGAAGUGCGCUGCUGCCGCACGCGCGAUAUGCGCAGCCUAUCCAAGCACUCAACAGCAUGCCAUUUAUCGCGGCGGGGGCGCACGGCGGCGGCAUCUGGGGUAUCGAAGUCACCCCUACAUCGGCGGUAACGUGGAGCUCUGCUCCGCCGCGGCGCUCCCGCAUUGGGGUUGCCGGGGCAUCAGGUGCGGCAUAUCACCACCUUGCUGCACCCAAUGGAAACGGGGGCCAUCACACGACGAUGGUGGCGGUGGCGGGCUCUGCGUUCGGCGGCGGCCAAGUUCGCCACCCCAACAGCCUGCCUUCCUACUACGCCACCAGAGGUAAGCCAGCCCUGCACAUCAGCCGCUCCUUCGACUACAAGACGACCGCGAACCUCGAGCACCAUUCCUUUGGCGGCCCCGAGCACUCCUUGCGCAGCGUCGGCUCAUCUCUGCUGGGGCUGUAUGCUAACGCACCGCGCCUGCAAGCCCGCUCACUGCUGUGGCUCGACUGCAGCACCUCCAAGUCAAGCACAACCUCUAUCGUCACCUCCGUGGCAGCCGCCACCACCGCCGCAGGCACAGACCUCGGUGUCAGUUCCAGCAGUGCCGGCGGUGGGCUGCGGCCUGUGCAGCUGCGGCUUGAGGAUGGCCACAUAUACCGCGAUGUCAUGAGCGUGGCCGCCUCGUUCGCCUUCUGCGCCUGGUACUGCCUCCACGCGUCAAAGCCGCAUCAGGACUGCGGAGUCGGCUCGACGGCUGUGGCGGGCACCGGCGCGACGAACGCGCCCGUAUCACACGCCAUGGUUGCACGCCAGGGAGGCAGUGGUACCGCCGCCGCCGCUGCAAUGGCUGUUGCUGGCUGCUCCUCGCCGUUUAUGGCGGCAUCCAUGAGACGGAGGCUUCUUCAGCGCGAUGGGCAGCCGAGCGCUCUAGCGGAAGGCACCGCCGGUGCAGCUGCUGAGUGUAGCUACGGCGAUGCUUCUCUGCAGCUUUCGGUGAAGCGCUGGCAUAAGGCCCCGAGCGCCAUGCGCAACGACGCCGUCUUCUGCGGCCGCAACGUAGUGGACAGCGACUUGCGGAACGGGUAUCUGAUCCUGGAGAUUACCAUCAAUGCGGCGGUGCUGCCGCAGUCGUUCUGGUCGCCUCGGCUGCUUCUAGACGACAACUGCUGGGCCCACCUAAUGAGCUGCUUCACUGGCCGCGAUGACCGCCUCACGCUGGAUGAUGAGCUCGGGUUUGUCCCCGAGGACAGCACAGAUGACGACGCCCUCACUAUUGAUGGCAGCAGCACUGACGGACAGUCGUCGCUACUGAACGGCAACGGCGGCCGAAGAUGGCGUGAGGAGGAUGGUGGAGGCAACGUCACGUCAUCGGCAGCCGCGGCAGGGGGCAGAGAGAUGGGCGGUGGCACCCGAGGCGUCCCUGACAGCGGUGGCGCUGGUGAUGACUACCACUUCCAGUCCGACCUCCGCCCUGCCGAGGUGUUCUGUCGCUCCCACAGCGGCAUCACCCCCGAUGGACGGACGCUCAUCAUCCCCACGCACAGCAACGGCGUGUACUUCCAGUCCUCCGAGGAGAUCCUCCUGCGCUUCAGUCCGCAACUGUUUGUGUCGAUCCUGGGCGAGGGCGAUGAGGCGGGACUGGAGCAGGUUGGUCCCACGACGUCGACUGUGCCGGACCACCACGACACAGCUGCCGCGGAUGAUGAGGCGGCAGAGAGACAGUCAACAGUGAGCUGUGUCUCGCGUCAGGCGUCGCACAACGACGAAGGAGAGGCGCUCUCAGGCGGUGCCGCUGUUGAGCCGGCGGGACGGCCAGAUGUCUUCGAGGGCCUGGCGACGAAAGAGGAGGGGAGCUGCCCUUCACCAACUAGCAGCAGCGCCGCUGCAGCAACCACCGCCGGUGCCACGGAUGGUGUAGGUGAGGAAGGGCAAGUUCCGGUACCUCCGCACCCACCCGAUGCAGACGUGAUGCAGAGCAUAGUCGAAGGCGGCUGCAGAAACAGCGCUGACAGUGUGGCGAGAUCGCAUGCCAAGGCGGCGAAAGACAUAACCACGGCUGCGCCGCCGUCGUCGAACUCCGCUUCUGCGUCGGGCAGCGUGAACAUCGUCACCGGAGCGAUGGCGCCAGCGACGGAUGUGCCGUCGCUGCGGACCGCGGCGCCGGCGGCUGAGGACGCGAUGGCGUCAACUGAGUUGCUUCCUACACCAAAAGACGGCACCGCUCGCUCUACAAAGUCCGCAACACCGAGAUCCCGACCUCGGCCCCUGCGCCUGCGAGGAACAGCGACAGUCACCAACUCCCCAGCGCUAGCCGUAGGGGCGCCGCCUCCACUGCCCUUUCGCACGCACGCGCUGCCCUUGACAGGGGCCAGCCGGCAGGGAAGCAGCAGCAUCGCUGGACCGCCGUCGUCGUCGCCGACCCCGACAACCGCGACGCAUCCGGCCGGGCAGCACCCCGCGUACGGCACGUUUCACCACGACGAGGUGCCGCUGAUGCCUGGCACAACAGUGACCGUGGGUUUUGUGCAGCUGCGCAACAGUCUCCUCUUCGCGAUCAAGCCCAUCAACCCCCUUCGGCACGGUUCUGAGGAGGAGCAUCGCGAAGAUCUGACGGCGCUGUCGCAAUCGGCCGAGAGCGUGAGUACCGCAACGGUACUGCGCCGCCGCUGGCAGUGGAAGCACCCUGAUAUUGCCUCCGAGCCGCAGCACCUGGCGAGCUGGACGCGUCUGUGCACGUGUCGGCUGUUGCCCUUGUACGGUAGUAAGCCGGCCUACCCGCGUGAGAGCUUCUACACGGUGUCGCCCCACCAGUACACAGUGACGAGUCACGGCGGCAGUCACGCCGACCCGGCGGAGGACAAGCGACGGCUGCUGGAGUUUGUGCUGCAGCGCCUCCAGCAGCAGUAUCAGAUAGUCGUCGACAGCCCCGGCCUCGCCGCUGGCUCGCAGUGGCCGCGCGCCGACCCGUCGCCGAACGCGCGGCUGGAGAUGUCGCUCGGGCACCAGACGCAUACGCUCAAGGUGGGCGAGACGGCGAAGACGAUCUCGGUGACGCGCAUGCUGCACCGAGGCAUGUAUAGCAACGGGCAGGUGACGCACAUGCUGAGGUACCGCUACCUGCUGUGGAACUACCUGGCAGACGAGUUCACCACGCGUGAGGUGCACAUGGAGGCUCAGGUGGGCGAGCGCAGCGCUUUCCGGUGGGAGUCGCUAGAUGGUUGGCUGCAGGAGCGGCCGAAGGCGUUCAUCCCACGCGGGCCGGACCUCUGGCUGCGCUCACACGAGGUGGCCGUCGCGCUGCUUCCCGAGGAUGCGGCCCACCCUCCGUCGUACGAGGAGUUCUGCCGCUUUAUCACCUACAGGUUCUCCGUGCACCUGUCGGCGUACGGCAAGGUGGCGUGGAGGCCGCGCGAGAGCGGUGUGUCGCUCGACAUCUCGGAGCGGAUGCCCCUAAUUUUUCCCGCAACACCGCCGUUGAUGGAGGUGGCGCUCGUGCACGACAACCCGCUUACCCUCGACACACGCAACGUUGUCGACCGCGUCACCGGCCGCACCGUCGGCUUCGAGGUCCCCGUGCAGGAGCGGCUCACGAUCGUCGACAUCAGCCUGCCACAGGAGUACGACAGCCACUGUUGCUACUUCCUGAAGGUGUCUUGGGUGGCGUGCGCCGCCUGGAUCAUCGUCGACUGGAUGGGCUCCUUCAUCGCGAACGCCGCCCGCUUUCACUUCCACGCCGUCCCUGUGGGCUGCUACUACAACAGCCCCAAGGCGGAGCCCCUGACCGCGCACUAUGACGUCGAGGCGGCGUCGCCGGAUGAGGAGCCGGCGCUGCGUCGCGCGCUGGUGGAGCUACUCAUGACGCCAGCCUACCACUACUACCCGGACACGCCGGUGCUGACGCGCAACUGCCGCCUCGUGCACUUUAGCGGCCUGUGCUGCGUCAUUGUGCCCCCGAGCGCGACAACGGUGGCGCAGUGGUAUCAGAACGCGUUUGUACGGCAAGGCUCUGUGGAGCAGCUGGAGCUGCUGGCCCAGUUCAAGGAGGCGGUGGCCAAGGCGCGGCUGCGUGUAGCGGACGUAGCCGCUGGCCCCGCCUCUGCCGCGGGUGUGCCCCACCCGGCAACGGAGGAAGUGUGA